AUGGCUUCAAAUUCUCCUGAUAUGGAUGAGUCAUUGGCGAAUUGUUUAAUAUGUGGCGGUCCGGAAGAAGACGAUUACCAUAUGGUAAGUUGCAACGAUUGCAAGCUAUGGGCGCAUUUCAAGUGUGCUGAAGUAACCGAAGCAGUUACUGAAGUUGACUGGUAUUGUCCUAAGUGCACAAAAUCGAAGGACGUACUAUUGCGUGUUCCCAAACCGAAGAAAGGCUCGAAGAAAGGUUCGUCGAAGGGUGACACGGACUCAGUUCGCAGCGCAGGUUCCUCUGUUGCCAAACAUGUUGAACAACUAGAAAAGGAACAGCUAGCGAGGGAGGAAGCACUUAAGGCGGAAAUGGAACUUCGAGCGAAGCGUCUCGAAAUGAAACGGGCACUUAUGAAGAAGCAGCUGGUUCUUGAAAAGGAGAUGCGCGAACGGGAAUUUCAACUAGAGCGGGAGAUGCAAGAGCUUCAGUUGAAGCAAGAGCAAGAGCUGCUGGAUCGCCAGUUGACUGCGGAACAAGAAUUCAUCUCGAAACGGGAUAAAAUACGUAAAAAAAUGAAUGUCAGUAUGCAGAAAGUAGAGACUUUAGGAGACAAAGCAGCGAUCGGUAGAAGCAACAAUAUCAGCAAGAAAAUCGAACUUAGGCAGGAUGGUAAAUCGGUUUCCUUAGGAAAAGAAAAAGUUAAAAGUUGGCUUUCUGAGCUCAAGCUAAAAAAGUGGCAAGAACAGUUAGACCACCAAGGGGGUGGUAAAGUUGCUGAAGAAGAAGAUGAAGAAGAAGAAAAAGAUCUAGUAGACGAAGAAUUGCAAUCGCAAUUCGAAUCGUUAGAAGAAGAGCAGAGUUCAGAAGAUGAAAAGAAGGAAACUUCAAUACCAAGUUUGAGUAUCGGUGGAUCGAGAAGGAGCAAAAACGGGUCCGGGACACAGGUAAUCAAACUGACGAGAAGUCAACGGCUGGCUCGGCAGGGAGUGUCCAAACAUCUUCCAACAUUCAGUGGAGAGCCGGAAGUGUGGCCAUUGUUUAUCAGCAGCUUUGAAUAUACAACUGAGGCUUGCGGGUUUACAAACAUAGACAACUUGAAAAGGUUGCAGGACUGUUUGCAGGGAAAUGCAUUAGAAGCGGUUCGAAGCAGACUAGUUCUCCCAGAUUCCGUUCCUGAUGUCAUCGAAGAUCUGCGUAAUUUAUUUGGAAAGCCUCAGAAACUGCUUAAGACACUUAUGCUGAAGGUGCGGAACGCUCCCUCACCUAGAAUCGAACGUUUAGAAUCGUUCAUUCAUUUUGGGAUUGCAGUGAAGCAGCUUUGUGAUCAUUUGCUGGCUGCUGGACUUAGAGAACAUUGCAACAAUCCUAUGUUGAUUGAUGAACUGGUCGAAAAACUGCCAACCAGCUACAAACUGGACUGGGUGAGAUAUAAACGAGGAAAAAAUGCCACCACAUUGAAAACGUUCUCUGCUUUCAUGCAAGAUAUAGUUUCGGAUAUAUCUGAAGUAUCUGAUUUUUCUCCUUGGUCGUGUAACGAGACGGUGCGGAGAGGGAAAAACAAAUCCAGACAGGAGUUUGUUCACUUACAUGACGGUAUUCAGAAACCAGAGGAAGGAACACAAAUAGCCAAAGCCAGUAAACUGUGCUGGAUCUGCAAGAGUGAUGACCACAAAAUCCGGUAUUGUGACGAAUUUAAGCAGAUGAGCGUUGCUGAACGUUUGAGUGCAGUUGAGAAAUUGAAACUAUGUGGUAUCUGCUUGAAUAAUCAUGGGAAGAGUCGCUGCAACGCCAAGCUGCGAUGCACCAUGAAAAAUUGUGGUGGGAACCAUCACUACCUCCUGCAUCGGAGAGAAGAGUCCAUGCAAUUGAUGGAAGUAGCGUGUAACUCUCACAAGAAUUUGUACUGUGGAGUAAUUUUUCGUAUGGUACCGGUAAAACUGACCGUAGGACAAAUAAGCAUACAAACUGUUGCAUUUCUAGACGAGGGUUCGUCAAGUACACUGAUUGAUGAAAGGAUGGCUAAUCGGUUGAAGGCAAAAGGCGAAGCUGAACCUCUAAUAGUGAAAUGGACUGGUGACAUCAGGCGUCACGAAAAUAGUUCGCGAAAAAUUAAAUUGGAACUGUCUGCGAUCGGAGAAAAUGAGAAAUUCUUAUUAAGAGACGUACGUACUGUAUCGGAAUUAGUGCUACCGAAGCAAAGUGUGCGAUUCGCAGAGAUUUCAGUACGAUAUCCACAUUUGGCGGGCCUAUCCGUGACAGAUCAUUCGUCAGAAGAACCGGCAAUCUUGAUUGGGCUUGAUAAUCUGCACUUAUUCGCUCCUUUAGAAUCACGAGUUGGAAAAGGUGAUGAACCAAUAGCCGUGCGUUCUAAGCUCGGCUGGACGAUAUAUGGCCCACAACAGCGAAAAUCGAGUGCUGAAACGUUUCUCAAUCUCCAUUCGGUUACUCAAGCAAGUAACCAAGAACUUCAUGACAUGAUCCGGACACAGUACACGUUGGAUGAAGCAGGAGUUACUUCGUUCGGCGUUCCGGAAUCGGCGGAGGAUCAACGAGCUCGAGCGAUUCUUCAAUCGACAACGACCCGGAUAGGCAAUCGUUUCCAAACAGGACUUCUGUGGCGAGAAGACGAACGACAAUUUCCUGACAGUUAUUCGAUGGCCGUACGUAGAAUGAAAGCGUUGGAAAAAAGGCUGGAAAAAGAUCCUGAAUUGAAGCAAAAUGUGUACAAACAGAUUAGUGAAUACCAAGUGAAAGGUUAUGCACACAAGGUUACGAAGCAAGAGUUGAUGGAAGUACCGCGCUCAGCGGUCUGGUAUUUGCCGCUCAACGUUGUGUUAAAUCCACGGAAGCCAAACAAGGUCCGCCUUGUGUGGGACGCUGCGGCAGCUGUCAAUGGAGUGUCGCUAAAUUCGGAGUUGUUAAAGGGACCGGAUAUGUUGGUGUCACUUCCGGGAGUACUGUGUAGCUUUCGGGAAAGGCCAAUAGCAUACGGAGGGGACAUUGCCGAAAUGUACCACCAAAUCCAUGUCAGGCCUGAAGAUAAAUCAGCACAACGUUUUCUGUUCCGUACCAGUCUAGAUGAAACACCACAAGUGUAUGUAAUGGAUGUGCUGACGUUUGGUUCUACAUCUUCGCCCUGCUCAGCUCAAUUCGUAAAGAAUGUGAAUGCAGAACGAUUCUUAGAGGCAUAUCCUGAUGCAGCGAAGGCGGUCAUAAAUCGUCACUAUGUAGACGACUAUUAUGAUAGCGCAGACACGGUCGAGGAUGCGGUUAGAAUUGCGAAAGAGGUGCAGCACAUUCACGAUCAAGGAGGUUUCCAUAUUAGAAAUUGGGUGUCAAAUUCCAGUGCGUUUUUAGAGAAAAUGGGCGAACGGAAAGCUGAUAAAAUUGUGCGCUUUGACCAAGAUACAAGUACGGACUACGAACGUAUUCUAGGCAUCGUAUGGACACCAAAACAGGAUGUUUUCGUGUUUGCUACAUCGUCUAACAUUGGACUGCAAGUAAUUGUUCAGAGCGAUGAACGCCCGACCAAAAGAAAGGUAUUACGCAAAAACAUGCGAGAUUGA